AACGAGCGUAAGUCGAAAGUAAGUUGCGAUCGUAGGAUAAGAAGAGCGUGUUUAGAAAGCAAACGAUGGUACUUUUUGAAAUAUCGUUCUCCGGAUCGUUUGUCAAACACGAGAUCUGUUUACCGUGAUUAAAUGCCGCCAAAUUCAGAACGAUCUACGCUAGUGAGCGCGGUUUCUCGGAUACAUCUCGAACUAAAAAAUUCUUCAAUGUGUUUCGAACGACGGGAAAUUCCUCGGGACGAAUGCUCUGACGUAACUUCUACUUAAUGCUUUCUAUUUGAACCGCGUACAUUUUUCUAUCCUACAUUUCUACUUCCGAAACAACUUACGUUUUGAUUUCGUUGUCGCCUUUCCUCUUUCCCGCCUAUACACGUAACAGCAUUAGUUUUCUCAUUUAUUACGAGAAACUUUCAUCGAAAUGCGGAAGCUCGAAGUUGAAGCGAAACAGUAAUGAGAGAGUCUGUGCCGUAUGUAUAAAGCGCUCGUGAUAGAGGAUAAUCUGAAUUCAUGGAAGGGAAAUAUUAUACGGCAAGGAAAACGUAGCUAGUUCGUUAACACUCUAACCUACUUGUGGUAGAAGCACGAGGCUCGUAGAUUAGCGUCAGCAGGCUUUUUAAUAAGGACGAUAAAUUUGACGAAAGGAAAGGAUAUAAGUUAUGCAGAGAGUCGUCGGCUGAUCGAGUAGAAAGUGCAAUGCUCGUGUAACGAUUGCUAUUUCGAAUGAAGCGAUAUACGUAUACGAGAUCGGCAUUUGAAACGGACUCGAACCACGUUCCUCGGUUCUUUCGGUACGCUCGAACGGGUCGAAGGUUACCAUUGAGGAUCGGUUGCGGUUAUUUUCAAAGCCACUCCGACCCUCUGAGUGUCCGGCUCCGAAACCGGUUACGUUGGCUGCGCUCCCCGAGCAUCGUAGACCUCUCCUAGAACAGCAGGAGGGAAAAAAGUUAUAAGUUCCCUAAGCGAGGUCUCCUCUCUUCGUUACAGAAUACCUAUACGUGUACACUUCUCGUAAAACGAGUUCAACGAAAGAAACAAGCAAUGAACGCGCGUUCUCAUAAGAGGACACGCGAGUGCUGUGCUAAUAACCAUCCUUGUCAAGCUAAAUUAGGCCAAACUGGAUUAAACGAUUCAACUCGACGUCGAGUCUACUGUUGAGACGCUUUUCGAGACUCUCCUUGAGAAAAGAGCAACGAGGAAAAAGCGAGACACUGGUGGAAACGACGAGAGGAUCGAUAAGGAAAAAAAAUAAAUAAAGAAAUAAAUAUGGGUCGAGUCAAUCAUCCUCGAACGGUUAGGGACGAGACUGUCAACGUUCACCAUUAAUCCUAUUUACCUUAGGACGAUGAUAGCCAUUAACGUAGAGGAAUUACGUCAGCGCAAAAUCGGGCGAGACCGAGGCAAGUGGUUCCAAGUGGCGCAAAAUAUCGAUUACGAGCAAAAAAAAAACAAAAAAAAACACAUCGAAUCAUUCAUGCUCUCGAGACCCUGUUGAAGCGUUAAAUAAUUUCAACAUUGAUUCGUUGCUUCGACGAACGUAUUGCAUGUUUCUAUUGCAUUUGAGGUCACUGUUUCAGGGUCAUCAAUUCUCGUUCGAAUCUGAUCGAAAUCGUAGCCUGACUAGCCUUCUUCUACUCGUUGUAACAUGCAAAAUGUUUGUUCUUUUUCUAUCGUUUCAUUUUUUGUAUGAAAACUAGCGGCGACGCACCAGGUGCGUCAUAGGUUGAGACCAGGGAAGACCUUAACGACGCACCGUGUGCGUCGUUGAUCAGAUACGCGUUAAGUGACCGCUUGAUUCGAGUCGAGAUCGAUAUUAGCCAUCAAACCGAGGUAAAUCCUGUGUUCUAAUGUAAACGGACAAUAUCAAGGGUAGAAAAGCCGAAGAAUGGAAUUGGGUCAUGCGAGUAUCGACGCCUUCUAAACGGGAGGGUUGGCUCGAGUUCUACAUGCUGGAAUCGGUAACGAGCUGUUAUCAUUUGCAAUUAUUGCGUACAAGGUAACACUUCCAAAUUGCUGCUUCUAUCCGUUGAUAGCGCUUCAGAGUUGUAUCGACGAUCUUUCUUUGGUAUACGCUUCGGAAAAAGAAAUUUCCCCGUUCGAGAAUGUAAAAGCGAUCCGCGUGUAAUAAACGCUGUAAAUAAUGUAUCAGCGAUAAACAACAUAUACAUACGUGGAGCAAGGUAAAACAUCAAUAAUGAGUUUGUUCUCUAUCGCUCGGCAAUAAUUAGUUUCGAACCACAAUUUACCACCCUUCGAGUGGAAGGCUGGUUAUCAUGUGCGAUAGAAUUCGAGCUAUUUUGUAUCUUGAUUCAUUGAAAAGCAACUUUGCGUCCAAAUAAAUAACUCAAACUUACCCCUCUUCCGAUCGCGGUUCGACGGGCAAGUUUAUUUUUAUUCCCUCUUGGUGCUCUUCUGUUUUCCUUCUAUUAUAUGUGAAACGUUCGACUUCGCAAAUAGCUUAAGUUUGUUACAAUCUUUCUUAUAUCGGUUGCAGUUGCUGAUCUGCUCUAUUUCUGAACCAUACUGUAUCUCAUUGCAGUUACUUAUCCGUAACCACUCCGUGGGUUUGACAGAUUUACAAGAAUUUUGAAUUCGGUGUUAGCAAAUUGAAAUACGCGACGACGUUGGAACCCGAGCGAAGCAUUUUAUCGCGCGAAGCAUACGCAACGAGGGACCGAUAACAGGGAUAUUUCAGUAGGCUAGCUGGGUGUAUCUGGUGUAACUGUGCUCGUUUCGGUCGUUCCGUGCGGGUAUUGUGUCACGGAAAAGUGGCACGAACCCUGUAACCCGGCGGCUUUCGUGUAAAAUUUACAAAGGAAAUAUCGAUCGACCCAAAGAUGUGCCAACAUGUCCGAAGCCGGCGCGCAAGAAGCUGCGAGCGAGAUCGAGAGACAGGCGUCGGUUUACGUGUUCCCAGGAUCGGGAUUGAAUCAGCAGCAUUAUCCCGGAUCAGCGGUCAUGUCGUUGCAGCCAGCGAUCGGCUCAAUUCCCGAUACCUCGAUACCCAACACGAUCUCGUCGACCGGAGGAUUCGGCAAAGUAGACGCCGAGGAGGACGAGGCGAUUCGAAACAGAAGAAGACCAUUGCCGAGGACUCACGCCAGAUCGGCCAGUCAUGGAGGAGUAUUGGCGGAUUGCCUGACGAGCACGGGAUACCAGGCGCAGACGGGAUCGUAUCUCGGUCCUUUGUCCGCGAUCGGAGCUGCCAGACCAUCGGCACUGAAGAAACCCGGUCACCAAAGGGCGUUCAGUCAAGGUCAGGUGAUCGAGGUACAGGGUCACUCGGUCACAGGACACAGCCGGGUCGGAUCCAGGACGGACUUUAUCCUUCCACCCGGACACAGGGAGGAACCGAGACCGCCCACCGCUGGGAGGGUGCCCUCCUUUCGAGGACACUCGCGACAGGCGUCCAGAUCAGAGUCGAUAUACACGAUAAGACGUAGCGCAGAACCUCCGUGGUGGAGGAGACUCUGGGCCCGAUGCUUCGGCCCGUUACCCGAUGAACCUCGCUUAAGGACAAUAGUACCAAAUCACUUAGUACCGCCGAAGACACCUUCGAGUCAGCAUCCUAAUGGAAAGAGAGUGAACAAUAGAGUGCGCACAACAAAAUACACUAUGCUGAGCUUCCUACCUCGCAACAUUAUCGAACAAUUUCACCGCGUGGCCAAUAUAUAUUUCGUGUUUAUCGUGUUGCUUAAUUGGGUGCCAGCAAUCAACGCGUUCGGCAAAGAAGUCGCCAUGAUACCUGUAAUCUUCGUCCUAGGCGUGACAGCGCUGAAAGAUUACUUUGAGGAUCGGCGAAGACUUGCCAGCGACCGGCGUGUCAAUAAUUCCACAUGUCGGGUCUACGUGGGGGACGACGACAGGUACGCAAAGGUAGCGUGGAAGGAUGUUAAGGUCGGCGACCUGGUGCACCUCUCGAACAACGAACUCGUACCAGCCGACGUGUUGCUGCUGCGAAGCAGCGAUCCUCAGGGCGUUGCUUACAUCGACACCUGUAAUCUCGACGGCGAGACGAAUCUGAAGCAACGACAAGUCGCACGAGGCUUCGUGGAUCUGCAGGACACCUUCCGACCCGCGAAAUUCCGAUCCGUAAUCGAGGUCGAUCAACCGAGCACCAGGAUAUACAGGUUUCACGGAGCUGUCGUUCAUCCGAACGGUGGUAGAGUACCUGUUUCCACGGAGAAUCUUCUGCUCAGGGAAUGUUUGUUGAAAAACACCGAUUUUGUCGAGGGAAUAGUGAUAUACGCUGGUCACGAGACGAAAGCCUUGCUUAAUAACGGUGGACCUAGGUAUAAGUGUUCUCGUCUUGAGAAACAAAUGAACAGGGACGUGGUGUGGUGCGUUGUGAUCCUGGUGGUGUUAUGCCUGAUCGGUGCAAUCGGUUGCCGAUUUUGGCUCUCCAGCUAUGCCGGUUCGACGUUCGUCCCGUUUAUCCCAGUCCUGCAGGAUCCAAAUUACGAGAGUAUGUUAACGUUCUGGACGUUCGUGAUUAUCCUUCAAGUGAUGAUACCGUUGAGCCUGUACGUCACUCUAGAAAUGGCGAAAGUCGGCCAGGUUUAUCAUAUUGGCCACGAUAUCGGCCUGUACGACGCGGAGACGGGACGCUCGGCUGAAUGUCGCGCGCUCAAUAUCACGGAGGAAUUAGGUCAGGUGCAGUAUAUAUUCUCAGAUAAAACUGGUACGCUUACGGAGAACAAAAUGCUGUUCAGGCGAUGUAUCGUGGGGGGUCAGGAUUAUUCGCACACAGGGGACGGUGAAAAUUUGGUACCUUCCUCGCGGCUUAAGGAAGAUCUCCUUAUAGGUACAUUUAGACAACAUCUACAAGAAUUCCUAGUCGUAUUAGCGAUAUGUAAUACCGUUGUGGUCAAUUCUCAACCUCAUUACGACACUAUGAACUCUAGUGGAGUGAUCGAGGAGCUUCAGCGAAACGGCGAUGAAACUGGAAGGUUUGUAUACACUAGAAUGAUAGACUCUAGAAGUUUAACACCUUCGCCGGUUAUCCCUUUGUCCACGCUGUCGCAUCCGACGGAUGGUCUGGAGGAAAACGUGUCGUCAAUAUCUUCGAUGGUUGAGAUCGAGUCUGUUUUAAAUAACAGCAGCAAACUAUCGAGUAAACUGCCUAGGCCAAAGUUUCUAAAUGUGACGUCGAUACCAAGUUUAGGAAUAGGAUUGUUAGGAAGGAAAUUGUCUCCGAACGGAGCGCAGAAAAGGCGAGGUCCGUUGAGUCCCGUUAUCGGCACGAACGGCAAGAACGGAGGCGAAUUGUUACCUACCGCUGCGAUUUACGAAGCGGAAAGCCCGGAUGAGCUCGCCUUAGUGAACGCCGCUCGUGCUUAUGAUGUGAAGCUUCUUAAGCGAACGGCACGAAGCGCGAUCGUCGGUUUGCCAGAUAAAUCCAUCCUUACUUUUGAAAUUCUUCAUGUUCUACCUUUCGACUCUAACAGAAAGUGUAUGUCCAUCUUGGUGCGACACCCUCUAACGAAUGAGCUGGUAUUGUACAGCAAAGGUGCCGACACCGCUAUACUAUCGUCUCUGACCUCUCAGGAUGAAAAUUCUAUCACGACGAUUAAAGCACGACAGCAUUUGCAAUCUUAUGCCCGCCAGGGUCUUCGAACCCUAGUGAUGGCUAAAAAAUCUUUGACCGCUCAGGAGUACGAGACUUGGCGACAAACGCAUACCGAAGCGGAAUUAGCAAUGGAAAAUCGUGAAUUACGUAUCAAAGAUUCGUAUGCGAGACUCGAAUCCCGUUUAACGCUUCUAGGUGCUACUGGGAUCGAAGAUAAACUCCAAGCUGGUGUACCUGAAACAAUGGCUACCCUGAUGGCAGCAGGGAUCGUAAUUUGGGUGUUAACAGGAGACAAGCCAGAGACUGCGGUUAACAUUGCAUACUCAGCGCGUCUUUUUUCACCCGCGAUGCAAUUAUUGUGGUUGCAAGCGAGGUCUAAAUCUGUUGCUGAAACUUUGAUCCGCGGUUAUUUAGAAUCUGCACGAAAGGAAAGUAUAAGAAGAGGAACGGAUAAUUUUAGAGAGAUUGCGAUGCUCGGUCGUGAUACUGCGGAAAAUGAGGCCCACAGAGUAGACAGUCCGUGGCCAAGGCAACGCGCACUCGUUGUGGAUGGAAAGACACUGACUGUUAUUCUUGAUCCUCGGUCAGGAUUGAUCCGACCGUUUCUGGAAUUAACAAAAACGUGCUCCAGUGUACUAGCGUGUCGAGCAACACCUCUUCAGAAGGCGUACAUAGUGCGGAUAGUAAAGGAGCAACUGGGAAUGAGAACCCUGGCAAUAGGCGAUGGCGCGAACGAUGUUAGCAUGAUUCAGACCGCGGAUGUGGGCGUUGGUAUCACUGGACACGAAGGGACGCAAGCUGUAAUGGCCGCAGAUUUUGCUGUUCCACGAUUCUCCAUGCUUAGUAGACUUCUCCUGUUACACGGACAUUGGUGUUACGACCGUUUGUCUAGGAUGAUUUUGUAUUUCUUUUACAAAAAUGCCACCUUUGUCUUCCUUGUGUUUUGGUUUCAGUUAUACUGUGGCUUCACUGGAUCAGUUAUGAUGGACCAAAUUUAUCUAAUGUUGUACAAUCUACUAUUUACCUCUAUGCCACCACUAGUAUUGGGUGUGUACGAUCGAGUAGCUUCACCUAGUGUACUGAUGUCUAUGCCUCAUCUUUACAAAAGAGGACGCCUUGGACUCGUUUACAAACCGCAAUCGUUUUGGAUAACCAUUAUUGAUGCUUUAUAUCAAAGUAUCGUUAUUUUUUUCGUAAACGCAGCUAUAUACUAUGAUUCGACCAUUGACAUAUGGGAAUUUGGAACCGCCGUAAUGACGUGCUGUAUCAUUGUCAUGCUGACACAUGUUGCCAUAGAAGUUAAAUCCUGGACCAUAAUUCACGUUUUGGCCAUAAUGGGAUCACUAGGAGUAUUUUUUGGAUUCUGUUUAAUUUAUAACGUGAUUUGUGUUAAUUGUAUGGGCUUACCCUGUUCAUACUGGGUAAUGGAAGUGGCCAUCACCAGAUACACGUAUUGGCUUACAGUAGUGCUUACCUGUGUUCUAGCAUUGUUACCUAGGUUAUUUUAUAAAACAAUAAAAUCGACUAUAUCUCCUGAUCUCAUGCAAAGUGCCACACUUAACGCACCAUUAAAAAGUGGUAGCCGUAGACAACGGAUCGCCGAAAGAAGCGAAAACAAUUUUAUCGCUGGUUGGUCGCGUUCGACUCAGCAUGCAACCAUAAGGACCGAAAGCAAGAACGAUGCGUUAACAACAAUUGUUGCAUGACAGAACCUGAAAAGUCAACCAAGACUGUCAGAAGAUUGUAAAGGAAAAAUGGAAACUAUUAAGAGUGCUGCUUCAUUAGAGUUAACGGAAAGGAAAACAACACGCUUUGCCGCAUUUCAACGUUUACUGUUCCUAAGGAGUGAAAAAGUAUUGUUAGGAAGUGUAUAUUAUUUUUAAACACAAGAUGCUUCAGAGAAACUGUAUUGUUCAUUGAAAUGAUCGUUUAUUUCUCGAUCGUCUUCACUGUUCAUCGAUUAGUAUUUUUUAAUUGAAUCGAGUGGCCUUAAAUCUCAGACUACUAUUCGUUGCAUUUGAUGGCUGUGACUUUUAGGGACCAAGACUGUUAGUCCAAUAGCAAUAUCAAUGACUAUCAGAGGUUCAUGCAAAAGAUUCACAUGUAGAUUCAUUGAUACGUGUCUGCGCGAAAUGUACAUCAAUUUAAUUAAAAUGUAGUUACUAUAGGAAUAAGCAUGAAGAAAUGUAUAUUGUAAAAAGAUAUAUUAAAUGUACAUUAUCUUUUAUGAAAUUUAGAUUGUAUAAAUUACAUAUAUGUAAGCUGCAUAACCCGAGAGCGUCAAACGUGUGUAUUUCAUACUCAUUAUACUCGUGUAUUAUUAUUGUAAUAUUGAAAUAGUACACGCGAUCUGCCAGUAGGUACAAAGGUUUUAUUAAACAUAUUGUACAUAUAAGACGAUAUCGACAAUGCGUUGCACGUGGUGACAUAGUAUUUUGAUAAAUAUAAGUUGCAUGUAUGUUGCAAUAUCAGUAAAAUCGAGUGUUGUUAAAA